AUGAAGACUUCUCAGAUUCUCGGUGUCGUCGCCGCCGCCACCAGCGUUUCCGCCUGGAGCUGGCCUUGGGAGUCGUCCGAAGAAGAACCCGUUGUUUCCAUGUACUUUGGCUCCUCCGUUGAGAUUCCUACCGAUCAUGUAAUGACGAACGGCGUCUACCCCAGCCCCAGCAGCUCCAGCUUCAGCGGCAUCUCUAGCGCCACCCAGACCUUCGGCCAUACCACCGCGACCGGCUCGGUCACGCCCAAGCCCACUGUCAUGACCUCGGCGAACAGCACCUCGAUGUUGACCAGCACCGUCCUGCGCACCAUCACCGACUGCCCGCCUACCGUGACGGACUGCCCUCACCGCAUCGUCACGGAGGUGGUCACCGUCUGCGAGACUCCCAAGCCCAAGGCCACACAGGUGCCGUCGCAGCCCAAGAAGGACAAGAAUGUUUAUUUGACUAAGACUCAAACCGUUGUCAAGUGCUCCGAAGGCGUCAACUGCGUCAAGCCGACUCCUCACGUCGCCGUUCCCAAGAACGCUACCACCCCGUUCAAGAACCGCAUCGAGUGCGGCCACGGCGGCCCCGACUGCGUUGUGCCCCCUCGCCCCACCGGCACGGGCGCUCACUUCCCCGGCAAGCCUGUCGAGCCCCCCGUCGUCGCCGGCUCUGCUCGCCUCGUCGGCAGCCUUGGCCUGGUCGCUGCCGCCGCCGUCGCUGUCGCCAUGCUGUAA